AUGAAGUUUAUUUUUGCUUUCCUUUUAUUUGCUAUGCUCUCCAUGGUGGUAAAUGCUAUUCCACAUCAACUUCUUAAAAGAGAUACUCAAUUUAUCCAAUGUCCUACUAAAGCUGGACAAGUAGCACCACCUCAACUUACUGUCACAAUUUUACCUGAUCCUGUCGUUGCUGGACAAACUAGUACUUUUACUAUUUCUGGAACACUGAGUCGUCCUGUCGCCAAGGGCGACUUUACCGGUGCUGGUUUUUAUGAUCCUGCAACUAAGAGUAUCAUAGGUGAUGUAGCUAUGGCGCCAGCCAGCCCUGCAACACCAUUUUCUCAAACAUUGAGUGUUAAUGUACCAGCAGCAUUACCUGCACAAUACAUGAUUAUAGUUAUAGUUGCGAAUCUAAAAACUGAUGACAUUAUAGGCUGUGCAGCUGGUAUAGUUGGUGGUUCCGUUAAAGUUGUAGAUUUUAGCUAUAAUUCCAUUCUUGCAAGUUAUAAUGUAGAAAAAUAA